GGGCCCUGGCUGGGGCUCCCUAUUCCCAGAAGCAGUACUUUUAACCCCUGAGCUGCCACACUACCCUUUGAGGGGUCCAGGAACCCAGGCUGUGAUUUAGUUGAAUUCCUUCAUCUUACAGAGGAGGGCCUAGAGGCCCAGAGAGGAAAUGGUCUUGCCAGAGGGUUUUGCUCCCUCUGCCCUCACCAGCUGCACAAACUUGGACAGGUGCUGUUGGGAACACAGAGGAAGUGACUGGCUGGGGGUUCAGGGAAAGCUCCGUAGAAGAGGGAACACUUGAGCUGGGUCUUGAAGGAUGAGUAGAAGUUCACCAAGUGGGAAAGGACACUCUAGGAUGGCCGAGCCUCGAUUUAACAACCCCUACUUCUGGCCCCCUCCUCCCACCAUGCCCAGCCAGCUGGACAACCUGGUCCUGAUUAACAAGAUCAAGGAGCAGCUAAUGGCGGAGAAGAUCCGGCCGCCUCACCUGCCACCCACGUCGGCCUCGUCGCAGCAGCCUUUGCUAGUGCCUCCCGCGCCUGCCGAGAGUAGCCAGGCCGUCAUGUCGCUGCCCAAGCUGCAGCAGGUGCCGGGGCUGCACCCGCAGGCUGUGCCGCAGCCAGACGUGGCGCUGCACGCGCGGCCGGCCACCAGCACUGUCUCCGGUCUGGGGCUUUCCUCCCGGACUCCGGCUGUGAGCACAUCCGAGUCAAGUGCGGGCACAGGCACGGGCACCAGCACCCCGUCCACACCUACCACCACCAGCCAGAGCCGCCUCAUCGCCUCGUCCCCCACCCUCAUCUCAGGGAUCACCAGCCCCCCCCUCCUGGACUCCAUCAAGACAAUCCAGGGCCAUGGCCUGCUUGGCCCCCCCAAGUCCGAACGCGGCCGCAAAAAGAUCAAGGCAGAGAACCCAGGGGGUCCGCCUGUCCUAGUAGUCCCCUACCCUAUCCUGGCCUCGGGCGAGACUGCCAAGGAGGGCAAGACGUACAGGUGUAAGGUAUGCCCGCUGACCUUUUUCACCAAGUCGGAGAUGCAGAUCCACUCCAAGUCGCACACAGAGGCCAAGCCCCACAAGUGCCCGCACUGCUCCAAGUCCUUUGCCAACGCCUCCUACCUGGCCCAGCACCUGCGCAUCCACCUGGGCGUCAAGCCCUACCACUGCUCCUACUGUGAUAAGUCCUUCCGACAGCUCUCCCACCUCCAGCAGCAUACCAGAAUCCACACAGGCGACAGACCCUACAAGUGCCCACAUCCUGGCUGUGAAAAGGCUUUCACUCAGCUGUCCAACCUCCAGUCUCACCAGCGCCAGCACAACAAGGACAAGCCCUACAAGUGUCCCAACUGCUACCGGGCCUACUCGGACUCCGCCUCCCUGCAGAUCCACCUCUCAGCCCACGCCAUCAAGCACGCCAAGGCCUACUGCUGCAGCAUGUGUGGGCGGGCCUACACCUCGGAGACCUACCUGAUGAAGCACAUGUCCAAACACACGGUGGUGGAACACCUGGUGAGCCAUCACUCGCCCCAGAGGACGGAAUCCCCCGGCAUCCCGGUGCGAAUCUCUCUCAUCUGAGCCCACUGGAGGCGCCGCCCCGCCCGGCCCACUAGCAAACACCAACCCAGGCAGCACCAGGCCCUGACUCCCUACAGGGGCCCUCCAGGAACCACCAAGCUCUCUCACGACCUUCCUAACCUUCCAGAAAGCUUGGUCCACAGAUGCCCUGGCUGGUCCAGCUGUGGGGGCGGCCAGGCCAACCAACUGCAAGAUUCUGGACUGUUUUGGUAGCAUCCAAAGACGAUCUCAGAGCACUUUGAACCUCUCUGUUGCGUUUUCUUUUUGUCCCCCACCCUUCACUUGCUUCACUGUUUGGGGGUGGGGGGUGUUUUCUUUCUUUCUUUUUUUUUUAAGUUUGUUUGGGAAAUAACAAAAAAGAUAUUUAUUGGCCAGGAAGUUGGUGCUGCUAAGACCGAAAAAUUAAAAGAAUCGGACAGAUGGACGCAGAGAACCAGAGGGCAGCGUGGGACCUUCUUUUGCCAUGGCCUCAGGUCUUGAGGGAAGGCUCAGGCCUGGGUUUCUGGACUGCAAAGGGGAUGCCCAGGUGAGAGAGGUCAGGAGGUCGCUGGAGCGUGCCCUUCACUCCUAGGUGCCCCCCUCGUACCUCUCAAGCUGCGCCCUGGGCAUCACUGAGCAGAGGGAUGCGGCAGCCACCAGGGCUGUCUAGGCUUCAGGAGGCGGAAAGGAGAUGGGCCCAGGAGAUCCGCAGGACCAAAGGGUGCAGUGAUGGGCUGGGUGGCGGGCCCAGGGAAAUAGGGUGGGGUGGGCUGGGUAAGACCUGGCCCUCCCUCACUGCCCUGAAGACCACCCCAGUCUACCUCGGUGCUGGCCAGGAAACCUAUAGGCUACCUCUCCCGUCAUCCCAGACUGUGGGCAGGGGGAUGGGGAGGGAGUGGGCCUGGGGCUGGGACCCCCCCCUCCAGAAUUUCCUCCAGAUGGGGGCUGUGUCCGGGGAAGGGUUAUCUUCCCUGCCAUGGAGGGGAAUCCCCAGCCCAGGCCCUAGGCCCCUCAGCAGGGAAGGGACCCCGUCCCUAGUCCCCACGGCACAUCCCAAUCUGAAAGCCAUGCGUGUCCGUGUAUAUAGGAACCGUGUACAGAGCCCGGAGCAGCUCCCCAUGUCCCCCCGGGAAAAAAAGAAAACUAGACAGAAACUCAUCUAUAUAUUCUGUAUCUGGAGUUCCGUUUUGAAUAUUAACUGUGUUAUUUUUAUACACUUUUUAAGCCUUAACUCGCCAUUGAUUUACCAGUUUAACGUUUCCUGGGGUUUCUUUUCCCAUGGGGUUUUCUGGCCCCACCCUCACCCCUUUGUUUGACUUGCGUCUCUGAUAAACUCAGUAUUGUAGCUUUUUGUCCGCAUGUUACUACCCUGUAAAUACGCUGUUAUACAUACUGUUAACACCCCUUUGCUUUUUUCUAUGGGACCUCCAGGCCACCAUAUUUAGAACUAGUUACCUUAUUAAAAAAGAGAAAACAGUC